AUGAACGAAUCUGGAACCGAAUUAAAUGAUUUGAGCGCCCGGCGUCGGGAACCAGAUGGUAUGAGUACCAUCUACGAAGGUGAUGAACAAAGUGAGAUGAACGCGAUGCCUGGUCAGGCCCCGCCGGCUCCCCCUACCCCUUCUUCCCCUCCUGCUAGGUUUCUCGCAAUGAUGGCAAUUAUCACCGCAUGGACAAAAGCAUUCUGGUUCAAGUGUAUGGAAUCUUCAAUUCCAGCGAUGGGUUCAAGCCAACCGGUCUCAGCGUUUGGCAUUUUGAGCGCUACCUCUCCAGGCUGCUGUGAGCCAGAUUGGGAUCCCACUGUUGCAGAACGCAGAAAAGCUACCAUUGUUUUGUGGCUGAGUUUAUUCGUUGUGGGACUGGAUGCGGCUUUAAUGGCGAAUGCGAUCCCCAGAAUCACCGUUGAGUUUGGCUCAUACGAAGAUAUGGGUUGGUACGCUUCGGCGUACCUGAUACCCAUGGCAAUUCUUCAGCCGUUUUUCCGGACCGUUUUUCGACUCUGUUGGAAGCAAAGAAUCUAUAUCUGGUGCAUGAUCAUCUUCGAAAUUGGCAUCCUUGUUUCUUUAAAGGCUCAAGCAUCGAGAGCAGUGAUCAUAGGCCGUGCACUUGCGGGAGUUGGGGCGUCAGGCAUCCUCCAGGGGACACAGGGGAUUGCAUCGUUGUAUUUCCAACCGUACGAGAGGAGGAUUCAGAUUUCGUCGAUUUUUACUAGUGCUAUCGGACUAUCCACGAUUCUUGGUCCAAUUAUAAGCGGUUCAUUGGCGGAGAGGGACAAUUGGAGAAUGUGCUUCCUACUAACUCUACCAAUUGGUUGCGUGAUUAUCGUAUGCCUUCUGGUCUUUAGCUUCCCGCGGUACUCGCGGGACUAUGAACCAGAUAUGUCGUACACUCGACGAUUGAAAAAGCUUUACCCAGACUCUUUGGGGGCACUUUUCCUGAUUUCUUCGUUGGCACUUGCAGUCUAUGGACUGCAAUGGGUAGGAACCUUUAACGCGUGGGGUGGUAACGAGUCGAUCACCAUAGCAUUAGGAUUUUUAGGGGCAUUCUUAUCCUUUUUCUUGCUGCAGCUUUGGUUGGACGACAAGGGGACAGUGCCGUUCGAAGUUGCUUGCACGAAAGAUGUUGUUGUGGGAGCGAUUUGCUUUUUGGGACUUCAAAUAGUUCUGGUUUCUCAUACAUAUCUAAUUCCGUUAUACGUCCAAAGUAUCGUUGGGUAUGGGCCGCUGCAAAGCGGCCUUUUCAACAUGCUGUACUAUCUCGCCGCCAUAAUGGGCUAUUUUUUCUCCGCAUUCCUGCGCCCGGUAACCGUAAUGGCGACAAUUAUAGCGGGAAGCGGCUGUUUGAUGCUGUCGAGACUGGGGAUUACGCCAACAUGGGAAGAAAUAAUCGGAUACCAGCUCUUGACAGGGUUUGGCGUUGGGAUGGCGCUAGAAAUGCCGUUUGCGGUAACACCGGCUGUGUUCAAUAAUUCGGACGUCUAUAAGGCAAACAUGAUAAUCAUUCACCUUGGUUACCUUGGCGGAAUUCUUGCUAUCCCUCUUGUGCAGGCAAUAAUUAGCAAUUCACUGCUUGCAUACCUCCCAAGGCUUACUGAAGAGAUCGAUCCACGCUACAUCUUAUCCCUCGGGGUAAUCAACUACAAUACGAUGCCAGAGCUGUCAGAAAAGAUGAGAGCCAUUGUUAUCAAUGCCAUGGCGCGAUCUAUGGCCGAUGCUUUCAGAUUUGCAGUUGUAGGCGCGUGUAUUGCGAGUUGCGCGAGCUUCGUAUUCGGUGGCAGAUAUGCCGCACAGCCGGUACUACUUUUAGGGAGAGCACGGCGGGAUUGA